AUGGCGCAACGACAACUCGACCACAAGGCGAUAGCGAUAUGGGCUGUGAUGCCAGGCGUUGAGUACGUGCUGUGUGUGAAGUUCGAUCCCGACUUUGCCAAUGCUGAAUACAAGUUGUACGAUGCUCGCGUCAAUCCCCUCGUGCAACUGGCUCCAGUUCCAAUCGUUGCUCCAAGUACCGUGAUCCAGUUGGUAUUCUGCCAGGGAUGGCGCUCCCGGUAG